GUCCACGUUUACAUCGCCAUCUUCUGGUAUACGUGUGUAAUCAUAAAGUCUUGAAUUCCAUUAUUUUCGUCACACUUGAAAGAAACAGUUCUUAACAUUCAUCAUGAAUAUCUUCAUCUUCUUUCUUCAUUUACUUUGUUUGAUGAGGACAACUUUAGGACUUUACGUUUACGGUCAUCCUGCCUUUAAUGUAAACAACUAUCCUGACCCGAAGCCAAUUCCUGAAACCUGCCGAAACUUUUCUGGCUAUCAACUAUAUCGCAACAAGAAUGUACAGUUGUGUUUGAAGUUUCAUAUGUUUGGCGCUCCUGUUUCAUUCGAAACAGCUGAAAAUUAUUGUAAAAAGGAGUCAGGAACCGUAGGAGUCUUUGAACUAAAAGAGAAGCUGGAAAUUCUGCAACAACAAACAAGAUGUGUUUGGGUGAAUUUUGUAUUAAAACAAAUAGCUACUAGGCUAUUUUUUUUCGGAUAUCGUGAGUUUUUCGAAAAAUACACAGACGAAAAGCAUAAAUUUCUUUUUUACAAAGAUUAUCCGAAUCACCCUCUCUACAGUAAAUUGGCUGACAUGCGUUCAAAAGGAGCUGGUUGUGGUCUUUACCAUCCUAGUUACAGGCUGCUUUCAAUGGACAACUGUCUUCACCCUGGUUUAUACGAACCAACUUGUGCUUUCGGUGUUGUCUGUGAACAGUGGGAAUAUAUAAGAGACAAUCUUUAAGAAAAUUCAACUUUCAAAAAUAAAAUAAAAAGACCCUUUUAUGUUUGCGUUUUAAUCCUGAAAAAGAUUAAAAUCAGUUUCACGAUAA